AUGCUUUCUCUGCCAACAUUGGCACCCAUCACCGUUCGUCGUCCUCCUUAUUACCACAAAAACCACAUUCGGCAUCAAAUCCAUUACGUCGAGCCGCCAAAGGAGAACAACGGCAUCAAUUGUCGAACAACCAUCUUCACUAAAAUUGAACUUCCUCUGAACAAGAAGAAAACAAUCGCCGAAUUUUUCAAGAGAACCUUGCGAGAUGUUCCACUGCGACUUGAGAGCAAGUCAUUUCUUGAGAAGAUGACUUUCGUUGAGCAUACUGUGACUUUUUUCUUGCCAAUACGUAAAGCAGAAAAUGAAUACCUUUGUUCUAAUGCUCUGGUGCACCUUAUUAAGGAACUGUACGGAAAUCAAAUAGAGCUUUAUAAUAGUCUUCCACACCACACUUGGUUGAAUUCGUCAUUAAUGAUUACAAUUGAUGUGGCUUCUUUUCUGCGUAAAGUGACUAGUGAUUCUCUCACAACGACAAUGGUAAUGAGCAAGAGUACUAAUAAGUUCAUUCUAGAACGGAUGUCUUAUGCAGAGGACGCAUUAGAAAUAAUGAGUUUACCAGAAGAUGAACCUGAUGUUUCUUGGGUCAAUUACUUUGUGAAAGAAGUUCCAUCUGGAAACGCUGGGCAACUAUUUAGCUUAGAGCAGAAGCGUAAUAGAGCGUUCAAUGACAUUAUGCCAUCUUGGAUUGAUCAACUGUACAUAGAGCCGGACAUAUAG